CAGCUGCAGCAGAGCGAGCAGCCCCGGGGAGCAGAGUCCCUGAGCCCCCCGUGUCAUUUACAUACACCCCACCAGUGGCCACAGCACAGCACCCGGGCUUUGUGCAGCACCCCAGAGCUGCUCUGAAACAGCCUCUCUUCCUCUGCCUCCUGCCAUGGCCCUGGGAUUCACAGUCCUGCUCCUGCUGGGGAUGCUGGGCACCGCUGCCAGGGCUCAGCCCGUGCUGAGCCAGCCGCACUCCGUGUUCGUGCAGCCCGGGCAGAGCGCUCGGCUCUUCUGCACGCUGAGCCCGCAGUACAACAUCAGCCACUUCGGCAUCUCCUGGUACCAGCAGCGCCCGGGGCACUCCCUCACGUACCUGCUCUAUUACAACUCCGAGCGAGACAAGCACAAGCCUGCCAAGACUCCCGACCGCUUCUCGGCCACCAAAGACCUGGCCAGCAACGCCUGCAUCCUCACCAUCGCAGCCGCUUGCCAGGACGACAACGGCACUUAUUACUGCGCCCUGUCCCCUGCCCUCAGGUGGCUCUAGAGACGGCAGCCGAAGCUUUCCCUGCUUCCCUUGGCCACCCUCUGCCAGCAGGGAGAGCGGCAGCCCUGGGAGGGAUGGUAAAAAUCCAUCUUUGCAUGCUUGAGCAGGCCCGGCAGCGCUGCCUCGUGCCGCCCCCCGUCUUUGUCCCCAAGCGUCCCUCACGGGGCAUCAGACAGCCGGGCACGGCUGCAGAGCGGGAGGCUGGGGGGCUGGGCAGCGGCCUGGCUGUCUUGGGCUCUUCCAGCACCUGGCACAAGGCGGCUUCCACCUGGCUGGGGCUUUCGCAGAGUUUAAUUAAAGCUAAUGAAGGUAAUAAAGGCUGAUCCUCACCCCGCGGCUCGUGUCGCGAGUCCCUGGGCCAUGAGGGCGGCCAGGAGGGGCUGCG